AUGGAUAUGGACAACAGCAUUGUCGGCUGGGAGAGUCACAGCGACCCCAAGAAUCCGCUCAACUUCACUCCGGCGCGGAAAUGGCUAACCACGAGUCUUCUUUCGGGCAUUGGUUUCAUGACUCCAUUCGCUUCUUCCAUCAUCGCCCCGGCGAUAUCGUCUAUCGAGGCGGAAUUCAACGUCACAAACAUCACUAAGGGCGCUAUACCCGUCAGUAUAUUCCUCUUGGGAUACGCAGUCGGACCUCUGUUUCUGUCGCCUCUUUCGGAGAUAUAUGGUCGGCAUAUUAUCAUGGUUCUCGCGAGUCUUUUCUUCUGUGUCUGGUUGAUUGGGUGUGCGCUUGCCCCGUCAAUAGAAACACUGAUCUUCUUCAGAUUCCUGUGUGGAGUUGGUGGAUCAGCCUCGCAGACUGUGGGAGGCGCUAUAGUUGCCGAUAUGUUCCCUGUCCAUGAACGGGGCAAGGCAAUGGCUGUGUGGAUGCUUGGGCCGAUAAUGGGCCCUUCUGUGGCGCCAGUGGUGGGAGGUUUCGUUUCCGAGAAGAUAGGCUGGCGUUGGUUGAAUUGGAUUACUCUAAUCCCAGCGACGGGGGUUGUCGUUGCAAUGGCAGUAUUCAACCACGAGACCAAUCAUCAAGUUCUCAUCGAAAGAAAGACAAUGCAACUGCGAAAAGAGCUGAAUCGACCUGGCUUGCAAAGCUGCUUCACAGAUGAUGCGUCGGUUCUCUCCAACCGGGAAAUUCUUGUCAGGGGUCUCGUCAGGCCUUUCCGACUGCUUUUCGGCUCGGCAAUUGUCUUCGGCGUCUCUCUCUACAUUGCUUUCGCGUAUGGCUGCCUCUAUUUGUUUUUCAAUACCAUCCCCACAGUCUUCGAGGGCACUUAUGGCUGGUCAACCGGUAUCACCGGUAUCGUCUACCUAGCCCUCUUGGUCGGGUACAGCAUCGGUGUGACCAUCUUCUUCACAUGCUCCGACAGAUCAAUCAUCCACAAGACCCGACUCAACAGUGGUGUAUACGAGGCCGAGAUGCGACUACCCAUAUGCAUCUACUGUGCUCCAUGUCUGCCAAUUGCAUUCUUCCUAUAUGGCUGGAGUAGCGAGAAGGGGGUCUUCUGGAUCGUGCCGGUGAUCGGACUGGUCUUUUUCGGCAUUGGCUUUGAAUGCGUCUGGCUGACGACUCAGGCCUAUAUUGUUGACGCGUACUCGCAGUAUUCCGCUAGUGCGCUUGCUGCCUUUGCGGUCAUGCGGAGCGUCGUGGCUGCUUUUUUGCCUCUUGCUGGCCCGCAGAUGUACCAUGCUAUGGGGAUUGGCUGGGGUAACUCACUCUUGGGUUUUAUUGCGUUGGCUCUCGUUCCGGUUCCGAUUCUGAUUUACAGAUUGGGCGCAAAAGUUAGAAGGGACGAAAAGUGGAAUCUCUGA